AUGUCAGAUAUUGGAACACAUCAGGACACAUCUGGCGAUAAAAUGGAAGUCUCAAGCGAAGGGGCACAAAACUAUGGAAUUAGUCGUGUGAUACACGCGCACAAAUCUGACGCAAAAUCGCUAGCUCUUACCAAAUCUGGUGCCAUAAUUUCAUCGGGACGCGAUGAAACAAUAUGUUUCUGGAAUAAAAAAGGUGGCGAGUUCACCAACACCCUGAAACUCCAACAACCAAAAGGAGUUGUAGUGAAUUCACUGGCGUUCGGAGAUACCGUUGAUGGCUGGAGAUUGUUCGCCGGUCGGAAGGACGGCACAAUCGCUGCUUAUGGUAGUGGUAGUCAGGAGCCGCUGCAAAUAUUCAAGGAGCAUAGCAACAAUGUAUGCUGCCUCUACUUAAACGAGAAGCUCGGAGUUCUGCUGAGCGGCUCAUGGGACACAUCAGUGAUCAUUUGGCCGAUCAAUGAGCUACAGAAGCCGGAAUUCUCGGCUCUCAAGCUCGCCGGCCAUACGUUGUCGGUUUGGGCGUUGUGCGCAUUCCCGGACCGGCCGAAUCAUUAUUUGACGGCCGGUGCUGAUAAAACUAUUCGAUAUUGGUAUCGAGAUGAGGAGCAGCACGUUUUUAAAGGCCACGAAGAUGUUGUGCGUGCAUUGGCAGUCGUUUCAAACGACUAUUUCCUAUCAGCCGGUAACGAUGGAUUCAUUAUCUAUUGGGAUGUUCCUUCGAAGACGCGUAUUGGUCGCUUCAAGACCAAAGCCCACGAUUUUAUCUACAGUAUGACCCUUUGCGAUUCCCACAUACUAACCACUGGCGAGGAUGGGACCCUCGAGUUCUGGGAGAUGGUCCAUAGCGGCAAUGAUAACAAACAUAUGAAAAUUGUCAGCGAAACAAUUAUUCAGACGCCGGCGGCUUCCACGUGGGAUGUCAAAGUGCUUCCAUCGUCGGAUAUCGCGGUGUCGGCAAGUGAUGGCCGAAUUUAUGUUUUCUCGAAAGAUCGCGAACGUCAAGCGCCGGAAGCAAUACGUGAAGCAUUUGACGCCGAAGUCGUCGCAAAAAUCAGCAGCCAAAUGGAAAGGAAGGAAGAAUCUGACACCGUUGUCAUCAAGGUGGCUUUGGAUGAUGGUCCCGCGAAACUGGAUCUAAUGUACAAGAAGGGAGCGGAUCCAACGAUUACCGCAGAAAACUUUAUUCGUGAAAACGGAUUGCCAGUCUCGUAUCUCAAUGAAGUCGUCGAUUACAUUUGUCAGAAUAUCCCUGAAGCGGCUGCCGCGCGCAACCGCUCCCUGACCAAACAGCCGAUGGACAUGAAAGAGCUUGAUGGAAGGCGUUAUGAUCACAUUUUCGAUGUCACUUUGGAGAAUGGGCAGGUUCUCAAAAUGCCGUACAAUAAUGGUGAUGAUCCGGACUAUGCGGCGCAAAUGUUUGUCGAGAAGCACAAUUUGCCGGUGAAAUUUCUUGGACUACUCUCAAAAUUGAUUCGAGAGGAAACUCGCCCGACUGCCGAUUUCUAUGAUCCACUUACUGGAUCUGGCCGCUAUGUUCCGGGAUCGACGAGCUCACUCGGUGGUGAGGGAUUCGCUGAUCCGCUGACUGGCGAGGGACGAUAUGUUCCAGGAUCGACGUCGGCGUCUUCUGGGUAUUCUGGAGAUCCGUUGACCGGAAGUGGAGCCUAUCGUUCUGGAGAAUCAGCUGGCGGUGCUGUACCUCUAUCAAUGCUUCCGAUUGAUAAGAAGCGACCGAGGGGACCAUUGGUCCCGUUGCAAGAAUUUAUUUCGUUUGGAUUGUCGAAUGCGAGCCAGAAGGCGAUUGCGAAGCUCAAGGAGGUCAAUGAACGGCAGGAUCAAUUCGGACUCACGCCCGACGAGAUUUCGGCGCUUGAAGAGCUUCACGUAUUGAAGUUGAGCGAUCCGCACUCGUCGGAAACGCUCAUUUCGGCUUUGGAGAAGGGUCUACAAUGGCAAAUUUUGGAUAUCGCGCCAAUCCUUGACUUUUUGCGCAUCGGACUGCUCCAUGCGGGAAUCAACAAUCAUUUUUGCGCGAAAUCGCGAGGCGUCGAGCUCGUCGGCAAAUUUGUAGCAAUUCUGAUAUCAGAUCCCGCCGAUUUGGCCGUUCGCGUAUUCGUGUGCAGAUGUAUCGCGAACGCGUUUAACCAACGCGCCGGACGCGCUCUUUUCGCUUCGUGUGAGCUCAGCACAUUGGCCCCAUUGCUGGUUGCGCAGAUGUUCAGCGAGAAGGCCAUCCUUCAGGUGGCGGCCGCUUCAGCGCUUGCGAACUGGGCUCUCGCUUUUCUGAAUCAAUCGAAUGAAUGUGAUCAAUUGGGUCCGAGAGAGGACCUGUUGCGUUUUACAAUUUCGGGAAUCGAAAAUAUAAGCUCGUUUGGUGGCAUCUGCGAAGAUGCGAGGAUCUACCUCCUUCAGGCGAUUGUUACCCUUAUGUGGGGUAACACAAAUGUAAUUAAGCUUGCGAAGAAUAGAAAUAUGGCGACGAUUGCGGCCCGAAUCAAGGAUGCUGUUGAAUCUGAGAAUGGGAAAUGCAUUGCGCGCGAUAUUAUUGAAAUGACCUAUGCAAUCUAA